UGCCCGCCUCCUCCUCACAGCCUGUACAGCCGCGACUCUCAGUCGGAGCAGAAAAGUUUAGGAUCCGCUCCGUGUCACUGCUUUCCUCCGCGGUUCUUAAUUCCCCGACGAAGAUGACGUUCCGGAGGCUGAAGAAGGUGAACUCCAGCGGGGCGGACGGAGGACCCGCAUCCCAGGACAGCGACAUUUAUUUCCCGUCGUCAAAGUCGGACAGCUGCAGGACCGCGGAGCUGCCCUCCAAGUCGUCGGAGGUUUACAACUACAAGACGCUGGCUUACUCUGGGGGGACGCUGCCCAGAAACUACAAAAGGGGUGGCAGCUCGGAGAAGUGGAAACCAAUAACGCAACCCCCGGAACCACAAAGGAAGGUGGUGGUCUUGGAGAAGAAUGAAGAGGAGGCGUUUGGUUUUGAGAUUCAGACGUACGGCCUUCACCAUCAGGACCAAAACUCGGUGGAGAUGUGCACGUUUGUGUGCAAGGUGCACGACGGCAGCCCGGCCCAGCAAGCAGGACUUAAAGUUGGGGACACCAUCACAAGUGUGAACGAGACCACCGUAGAAGGUUUUCUCCACAAGGACAUCGUUCAGCUCAUCAGGUCCUACGGCAACACGCUCAGGCUGGAGACGGUUUACAGUGACUCAAUCCGAAAAGCUGAGCUGGAGGCCAGGCUGCAGUAUCUAAAGCAAACUCUGCAUGAGAAAUGGGAUGAAUAUCGCUCUCUGAUGGUUCAGGAGCAAAGGCUCGUCCACGGUAUCGUAAUGAGCGACGCCGCGCUGUACGAGUCCCUGGAGUCGGCGGGAAUCUACGGCAGCCUUGGCGCUCCCAGCCCCGCGGCGCAGAGAGCGCUCCGCUGCACCGGCAGCACCAGCAGCAGCGCCAGCCUUCUCAGCACCGCCACGGAGGACGACCCGCUCUACCAAACCUGCCUGUACCACUCGGACGGCAACAUGGACUCGAGCAGCGGAGACAGAAUCAACGAGAAGCCGCCUCCGACCAGGCAGCAGCAGCAGCAGCGGCCGCGGCCGGCCAGCGAGCUCCUCACCGUCACCAAGACCCACCUGACGCGCAGCGCCAGCACGCGCAGCUACGUGAGGGGGUCUUCGUCGUCGUCGUCGUCCGUGGGCUCGGGGGAGAAGCAGGGAGGAUUCGGCUCGCUGCAGAGAAAGCCCAAGCAGAAGAGCUUCCGCCGGCGUCUCCUCAAGUUCAUCCCGGGUUUGAAUCGACCGCUGGAGGAGGAGGAGAGCAAACUCUGAGCAACGGACGACGCUAAAAGACUGACAGUCAGACUGAAACCGCCAAAGAAAAAUAAGCAAAACAGCCUCCAAAGAGUGAAGUGUGAGACCAAAGCAAAGCGGCUGUGUUGCUGGGACGACCAAACGGACUUUUAUUUCACAGGUGUACAUAAUCUUUGCUUCGGUUUGUCUUGAUCUCUAAGUUAUUUAUUUAUUUUCACACGUUCUAUUCACACAAAAUGAAGGAUGCUUCAGUGUUCCCCCCCCUUCACUGCACGGACUUUUCUAUUAUCUUGACAAACCUGUGACAACUUUGUGCAGCAAUUUACUACCAAUCAAAGCCUUUUUGUGGUUCCAAAGUUAAAAAAUAAAAUACGUGGCAUUUUUCCAGA